GAAAGGAAGUUUUUGAAAAUAAAAAGCAUUGAAAAGCUGUUUUUAAUUGGAUCAUUAAGAAUCUCAAACUCUAUAAGACUCUUCCAACACAGAACCUGAUUGGAAAGGUAAAUGUUUGUCUUUAUUGCAGGGCAAUUACUGUACUUCAUGUCAUGAUUGACGUGACGUAGCCACGAGCAUAUCUGGAAAAGCUGAGAAUAUUAUUUAAUUACUUUCCUAUUAGUGAAGUUCGUGUGUACGUAAUACUUUUCCAACAUGUGCUGCUCUGUCACUCCCUCCGUCACUGUAGCGUCACUCUCUCCUUUACUGUAAACACCGUGUUCUUCCGCACAGGAAUGAGAAAGUAGAACCGUGAAAAGUAGUUUGUCCACUGGAUGAUCUGUGAUAAUACGUGUGUUUUCUAAUGUUGUUGGUAAAGUGACGUAUUCUUAUAUGUAAUCGGUUUAACACUUACAAGCAGUUCUAUACAAACGAUUGUUAAUAUGUGCUGCGCUUUGAAAUUAAACACGUAAGCAAAGCUAUACGACAUAACUGUUCAGUGAUAUUGUAAUUUUGUGUUCAACAUCUUAUUUUCUUUCAAAAUAACAAGACGUAAAAUAUAAAAAUAAAACGAAGAGAGCUUUGAUUUUAUAGUAAAAGUAGAGUCGUUGCUGUCAAAACACGACAGGCGGAGGGAUAUCUAGUCCAAACACAUGAUGUCGCCCUACGUCUUCCACUCGCUCUCCCCUCACCUUCCAAUAACUACGGCCGGACAACGCAAUAGGACGCGACGCCGCAGAGUCUUCAUUUUCAUUGGUCUGCAUAGCUGUCAAUCAACGCAGCGGUGCCACUCAGGACAGAUUAGGCUCCAUUUGCCAUAACUAAAUAGUUACGAUUGUACAUCAAGUAGGGAGAUUCUUUUAUUUUUUCAUCUUCUUCUUUCAACUGGCGCCUCACCGCGCACGGCGGAGAGUUACUCAUUAGUCUCGAGCUGAAACCCGUGAACGCGACAAAGUGUGACAAAGCCUUUGGCUCUCCUUCUGUCCUGUGUAUGUGUCGUCUCAGCAGACAGAUGUGGAUACGCCGCUCGGGAGCUGCCCAGCUGAGGUGAAGGGGAGGAAACAACAUCCAGUUCAGCCUGAUUGUGGGUGACCUGACUCCCUGAAAGAGGACCAUGAUCUGAAGGAAGUUCUUUACAUCAAACCCCAUCUUCCUCUCCAACUUCUCCCUCCUUUGUUUUUUCUUCUUUUACAGUUUUUUCCUUAAUUAACACACACGUUGACAUCCUUUCUGCCAAGCGGCUUCAAACUAGAGUCGCUGUGCUUACAAACUUCAUUGUGACACAUCGAGAACUUCAGGAGGAGGAAGAUAAUAGCCCCCUCUAUAAUCUUUGACCUUGCCAUUUCUUCAAAUCUCCUCCCACCGCCACACCGGAAAAAUGGGGAGGAAAAAGAUUCAGAUUCAGCGGAUCACAGACGAACGCAAUAAACAGGUGACGUUCACUAAGCGAAAGUUCGGCCUGAUGAAGAAAGCGUACGAGCUCAGUGUCCUGUGCGACUGUGAGAUCGCCCUCAUCAUCUUCAACCACACCAACAAGCUGUUCCAGUAUGCCAGCACUGACAUGGACAAGGUCCUGCUCAAGUACACGGAGUAUAACGAGCCUCACGAGAGCCGGACCAACGCCGACAUCAUCGAGACAUUGCGAAAGAAAGGGUUUAAUGGCUGCAACAGCCCAGAGCACGACGGCGACGACUCCAUUGACCAAAGCCCGCUUAAUGAAGACAAGUUUCGCAAGACUGAGGACCUGGACAGUCUCUUCAAACGCUAUGGCGCUCUGAACAAGAAAGAGCACCGGGACUCUGAGAGCCCAGACCCUGAGGAGCCCUUCUCCCUCACCCCCCGCACUGAGGAGAAAUACAAAAAAAUUGACGAGGAGUUUGAUAAAAUGAUGCAGACUUAUAGGCUGUCAUCUACAGUCCCACAGCCCACCUUCUCCAUGCCAGUCACCGUACCAGUGUCCAAUCAGAACGCAGCUGCGGCCGCAUCGCUUCAAUUCAGUAACAACCCCGGUGGUGCCCUGGUCACUACCACAUCCUUCGUCACCUCAACCCUCACAGAUCCACGCCUCCUGUCGCCACAGCAACCAGGUCUGCAGAGGAACAGCGUGUCACCAGGGUUGCCACAGCGACCUGCCAGUGCUGGUGCUCUGUUAGGAGACUUGGGGAAUUCAAACGGAGGUUGCCCGAGUCCAGUCCCAAACGGCUACAUCAGCGCCAGAGCCUCCCCGGGCCUGCUGUCAGUAUCCAAUGGCAACAGUAUGGGCAAAGUUGCCCCGGCUAAGUCUCCACCACCUCACCCACAGAUGGUUAGCAGCCGUAAGCCGGACCUGAGGGUCAUCACCUCACAGAGUGGCAAGAACCUCAUGCAACUGACAGAGGACGAGCUGGAGUUGAAUGCUCAGCGGCUAGGCGGAUCCCAGGUGGCCCAGUCGCUGACUACACCGGUGGUCUCCGUGGCAACACCCAGUCUCCUAGCGCCCUUCUCUGGCAUGCAGACGGCCUACAACACUGAGUACCAGCUGAUGAGUGCAGAACUCACGGCGCUCCAGACAUUCACACCGCCAGGGCUGGUGCCUGGCAACAUGGCUGCCUGGCAACAGCAACAGCAACCAGCAGUUUCCCAGCAGCAGCAUCAGCAGCAGCAGCAGAUGAGCCUGGCAUCGCUCACCAACUUGGUCAUGUGGGGAGCAGACAAACAGAAAGCAGACAUGGUUAACUGCAUCUCCAAUUUUGCUGCUAACCUGAGCUUGGCCUCGCAGUCCAACUUGCUGUUUGGCAGGGAGGACGGCCUCUGCUGGCCAGUGGGAAACCUCACUCAGGGCGCUGCUCUCACUGUCAACACGAACCCCAACAUUAACAUCAAAUCUGAACCUGUGUCCCCAAACCGAGAUCGCAGCACCCCCUGCUCUACUAGCGGCGCUGUUGGAGGUGGAGGUCAACUCCACGGACAAGGUCUGAUUUCGGUCGCUUAUCCUGGAAGCUUGCGUCUAGAGGCAGGAGGUCAAGGUCGUUCUCCGGUCGACAGCCUCAGUAGCAAUGGCAGCUCGUACGAGGGCAGCGACCGGGACGAUGGCACCCACGGACGAGUCGGGGGCCAGGACUACCACCAGGCAGGCGGCGGGUCCCAGCAGCCCACCAUGGUCCUCCUGCGGCCCUCAUCGACUGAACCACAGGAGCAGGAUGGGACCAACGUGAAGAGAAUGAGACUGGACACCUGGACAUAAAGCACCAGCAGAAGGAGGGACAGAUGGAUAGACGGACAGAUGGAGGACGUGCGGCUUAUUUAUACAAGACCCCACCAACAGCAAGACCCCCAGACACACACACACACACACACACACACACGCAUACAUGUUGCUGACCCUGUAGCUAUGUCCACAGUGACCUCACACAAGCAGAAAGAUCCCAUUGGCUGUACACAUACGACAGUGUACACCAAGUCUGAACUCUAAUCCCAGGAAACAAAAUAUUUCUGGACUAAAUCUUCUCCACAUCUUCAUCACAUAACACUUUCACUUGCCCUAAAUAUGGCAUUUAACGAUGGCACUGGCUGUUUGCUUCUGUUUGCAACAUCUGGGCUGCGGGAUGAAGCAGAACUGGUGACGACCUGGGCCACAAUUGGUCAAAACAUAUAACACAACACUUUAUAUCUGACAGAAAAAAGGAUCCAUCUCAUCUGGACCAGAUGAAUUCAGACAGCGCUACAUUAAUGCCAGGAGUGGCCCACAUCUGUAUGCUAUGUGGAAAAACACACACACAAACAUAUAUAUAUGUAUAUAUAUAUAUGUAUAUGUAUAUAUAUAUAUAUAUAUAUAUGUAUAUAUAUAUAUAUAUAUAUAUGUAUAUGUAUAUGUGUAUAUAUAUAUAUAUAUAUAUAUAUAUAUACAUAUAAACAAACAGAGGAGUUAAGCCAACAAACCAGGAAACUAUUUGUCACACAAACACAUUUUUGAAUCACGUUUUUUUGUCUAAAAUCCAAACUCUAAAUUAAGCCUCUUGGACUUUGUCAAUGACUGGGGUCCUUGGUUUGAAAACGUUAUUGCUAUAAUGAUGUCAGCGCCGCUAAAUUCGUCCACAUCUUUGUCCACGUCGGCCUGACGUUGCUGUUGCAUUGGAAUCGUUGCUUCUUUUCUAAGAGCCUCAGCCGUUCAGCUCUUAUUCUAUUUUAUUAUAUUUUAAGUGUGGAGUUUUAUUCUUCUGUCUUGACUUUUGAUCUUUAGAGUGUGGAUUUGGUUUCUAUUCAUAUGAAGACACUAAAUGAGAAAACUUGGCCCUGUAGACGAAUGAUGGCCGCCUCAGCCCCACCUCCGUCCUGCCUCUUCAGCCUGAACCGCCGCAGAUUUGCUGUAAACAAUAGAAAAAGACCAGGAACUUGAUUCGUGUCUGAGGUACAGACUUUGCUUUGAAUCAGGGACGAGCUGCGACGGCGCAGCCACACGCGACACCGACACUUCUCUUUCUGCCACAUCGUGUCAACUACAGAUGCUGAGAGCACCAUGCGUGUGUAUGGCUGUGUGUGUGUGUGUGUUAUAUUGUGUGUAUGUGUUUGUGUAAACAGGUUUGUUACCUCAGUGGGACAGAUUUUGCUAAUUUUUUUCAGUUUUCAUCGACCUAAACACACGAUGCACAGCAGAAGCUAUUUUUGUGAAGCCAAUGGUGAGGAACUGUGUACAUAGGCAAUCUAUAACCUUUGUGGCUUUUGUGUGGUAGGGUUUAAGGUGUUUGGAAGGUUUUGAGAAAAAAAAACAGAUCUUAUAUAUCAAUAUAAAUAUAUAUAUAUAUUUAAACAGCAUCAGGCAGCAGAAAGGGCAGCUCUGCAUCUGGGGCAGGAGACGACAACCAGACCACAGGGAUUGUAUAUAAAUGUAUUCAAGAUAUCCCUCAACGCAAGGAAACAGCAACAGCAACUGAAGCAAACUGAUUUAUUCUCAGUGGAUCGUUCUCUCUCUCUCUCUUUUUUAUGAAUAAUUAUUUAUGUGUGUAUAUACCGUGUACUAAGUCCUCAAGAGGGCGCAAUUGAGGUGCAAAGGGAAGGAGGAGCCUGGUGACCGGGACUGUUUUGAGGGAGCGUCAUUUCAGACUCUGUCACUGAUUGAGCGCACUUUACCUAAUACCCCCUGACACACACUUACAUGAACACACUUACACACACUCACUAGCGUUAGACUCACUCGACCAGCUGCAAACGUAAAGAAACAAUCAUCGACAACAAAGAGUUUUGCACUUUUUAAUUUAAGUUUUGUUUUAUUUGUUUCAUUAUUUAACACAGAAUCCAUUUACUUUAAUGUUGUUUGAAAACAUUGAAACAAAAAUGUGUCAUUUACAAAAAAAUUAUAAUAAUACUAAUUAGGAGCCUUCGCGCACCAAGUGCAGUGCAAAUACUCCGGACUAAAAUCUUGCAAUGAAAAAAGUUAGGUUAUCACACAUACUGUUUCUGUUCACAGAUGUGAAUCUGUUGAAUAUUCUGCAGCAUCAGAACAAAUAAGAACAACAACUGUAUAAUCAUCUGACUCACAUAUCAGUAAAACUCUGAAACACACUGAGGUGACAGUACAAAACAAGUGAGAUCAUCGCCAAGGAUGCCCCGCCCUGUUGACUGUUGUUUUGAAGAGUUUCUCUUGUUAAAAGCCAUGUGUCUGCAUUUUUAAAAAUAUAUACACAUAUAUCGUUCACCUUUCACUGGUUGGCUGAAGUUUUAUUAAAAAAGCAGAUUUGCUGUGAA